GGGCGGCAUGUGGGCGCCGGCGGCGACGCGCACCACAACGUAGACGUGCCGCCGCCGCAGGUGGACGCGAGCAAGGCGCCCGGUUACCGCGGUGGAGGCGGAGGCGGCGGCGGGUGCUCGCCGUGCUCGCGCACCUCCUCGCACGGCUCCACGCCACCGCCUGCGUACGCGCCGCCGCUGUCGGGCGCUUCGUACCCGGCGCCGCUGCCUCUCACCACGCAGCUGGAGCACAUGUCGCUGACGCCGCACGCGUCGCACGCCUCGCACGCCUCACACGCGUCGCACGCGCCGCACACGCAGCACGCGCCGCACGGCACGCACGCGCGCACCUCGCACAACAUCAUGGUGUCGAUGGCCAGCGGCGUGUCCAUGUCGCCCGCCUCGCUGGGGCUGGGCUACGUGGGCGUGGAGCCCGUGUCGCGCCUCAACCCGCGCGCGCCUGACUUCGCGCAGCGACACCCGCUCAUGCAACAUAAACAUAACGCCCAGUUGUUCGCCGGCAGCAGCAACGCAGGCAACCUGAGCGCUCUUCUGAUGUCCUCGUACCAACAACAACCGAUGAACCAGUCGCCCAAGCCGAUGCAGCACACGCCGCAACAACACCACGCUUACCAGUCUCUGCUUGAUCGCGGCGUGGGCGUGGGUGUGAGCUCCGCCGUAGGAAGCGGCGCCAGCGUGGGCAGCGGCGCCGGUGGUGGAGGCGGCGGCUGGGGCGAGGAGGAGGAACGCAAGCCGCGGCCCAUCGGCACCGAACGCGCCUGGAAACUCACCGCCAACGACGACUGGACGCAUCCGCAUUUGCAGCACCAUCCACACCUCUCCGACCAUGAUAGAUACCAGGGUGUGAGCGGCAUGGGCGGUGUCGGCUCGGUUGGCGUGAGCGGUCACGUGGGCGUGGGUCACGGGCUGGACGGCGCCUAUGGCGGCGUAGGAGGCGUGGGCGGUUCUGGCACGGGCGCCACGGCGGCGGCGCUGUCGCUGAUGCACGCACUGCCCAUGCACUACCUUCCCGCCUGUGCCCGCUGCCGCGCCCGCGCCCGAACACCUCCACUGGGACCAGGCGCAGCACCACGCACCCGACAAGCAGUCUUGGAGCAAAUGGACUCACUAAGAGUCCCACCGGCGAAGACAACUACUGCCUUAGGAGGAGAGCGGCCCUCUUGGCUCGAACACGAUCGUAACCCUGAAGCGGUGUAGAUAUUAGUGAGAAAGAAUUAUAUUAUACAGAUUAUCUAUAUACAUACUAGAGAAAUGUCCUCUCGAGCCGAGUACUACUCACACUGUACUAGCGCUGAACGCGAGCAUGGGCCGACGAGCAGUCGUGCCGUCGGACUCGUCGCGUUUAGACAAAUUAUAGUUACGUUAUAGUGGCGUCGCGCCGUAGACACGGCCGCGACCGUGUAAUAGUAGGUAGCUUGGAAUGUGAUUCCGAAGUGCCGCUGAGUGUUUUGCGUUGCCUUACGCCCCGCCGAACUCUUGUUAUACACAUUUUACACUCUAUAUUAUGGCAUAAUACGAUAUUAAUUUCGGUGAUUGAUGCUCUCGCUGACCGAGAAGGAAUAUUAAACGUGUAUUAAUAAUAAAUUUGCUUGUACAUGAAGAUUAAAUGUCAUAUAUUGAUGCACUGUAACCACUGGUGUUUUUAAUAAUACCACCUGUUUUUUCAAGUGAAAUUCAUUUUUUUAUAGGUUUAUUUGGGUAAUGUGUAUAUUUAUAAGUAAAUUAUUAUUGAGGACUUACAUUGUCUCGAAUAUGAUUAAAACAGGAUGUGCGGUAAGUUCUAGGUAAAUAAACCGUUGUCAAACUAUA